AUCCAAUUUGUCAGCAUAUUUCUAUAUUUUCACAAAAGUUAGGCCCUUCCAUGCUACCCUCCAUCCUCUACAAAAUCCUGACUUGUGGCUGCCUUUCCUUCCCAGGAAUUCGCUCAGUUUCUCUCGAGGGAGCCUGCUCUGGUGAAGCCAACAAUCUUCAUUUUCAGAACUAGUAUUUACACUGUUUAUUCAACAGUAGCUAGGGGUAAGGGGAUAUAGCUCAGUGGCACAGUGCCUGCCUGGCAAUCACAAGGUCAUGUUUGAUACCCAGUACCACACACACACACACAAAAAAAAAAAAAAAAAAAAGACUGGGGGUGUGGGGUGUAUGUGGUGGGGAUAGAGUAGAAGGAGGCCUGCCCUGCCUCCUGGUGAUGAGAGGGCAGGUCCCUAGCUACUCCCAAGGCUGCUUGCUGAAGGCCAGGGAGGAAAAAUCAGGGAGCCAAGGAGGCCCUGGAAAACAACCUGGACCCAAGAGACUGGAUUCCUGGAUGUCAGGUAGCAGGCUUGAGGGAAGCCAGCGUCCAGCCUUAACAUUGCUUCUCUGGCUGUGCUGGUGGUACACACCUAAAAUCACAGAGGUUGAGGCAGAAGGACUGCUGCAAAUUUGAGGCCAGUCUAGGAUACGUAGUUCAAGACCAAUCUGAACUACAUAGUAAAACCUUGUCUCAAAAAACAAAACAAAACAACAACAACAAUAUUUCUCUGUCCCUAUCUACAGGGAAGCCUUUCCUAAGGCAAAACCCAAAGUCCUAUUUGUCAAAGGAAUCCAGCUACAUCUGCCUGUUUCAGGAAAAACUGGGCCAUUUGUAUUUUAUUUUAUUUUUGUGGUACUAAGGAUUGAACCCAGAGCCUUUACACUGAACUGUGAUCACAUGUUCAGCCCUUUUUACUUAUUUUAUUUUUAAAAUUUUGAGGCAGGAUCUUGUUAUGUUGCCCAAUUAGGCUCAAACUCAGGAUCCUCCAGCUUCAGGUUUCCGGAGUAUUGGGAUUUCAGGCAUGCCACUACGCCUGUCACUUGUUUUUUGUAUCAAUAGAUAACUGACUCUACCCAAUUCCCAGAUGUCACCAUGGGAGCAUAGCAGGUGCACACACACAGGUUCAUUUUUAAAGAACACAGUCAAAUGAGGAGCAAGGAAAUAAACUAUGAUAGGCCUACUUGUGGGGAUAAAUACUAUAGGUCAGUGGUGCUGAAAAAAGGGACACAUGUCUCUCCUGUUCGCAGAAUGUGUUCAUUCACUUCAUCCAGUUUAAGGGGUCCUUAGACCUGACUGAGGUUGAGUCUAGACCUUUCCACCAGCUAGGGUGCCAAAGGUCCGUAAGCCUCUGGAGAAUACUGAGGCAGACACCCACCCAGCGUUUAGCGUCCCUUUGAUCUUUCCUACGACAGUCUGCCCCACUGCAGGUUUAUGGAGAAAGGAAAUCUUGCAUCAGAUUUAGAAGGAUGAGUAGGUGGGAUGAGUGUGCCCAAGCUAUAAGCUAUUUCCACCAUUUAGUAUGAGAGAGAGGACAGAAAUAACUAACUGCCUUUUGCUCAUUCUAUCUCUAUGCCAGGUCCAUAGAACGUUUUCUAGAUUAGCAAACCCCUAGGUGGACAAAGGCACAAUAGAUACAAAGGUGAAAUCAGACUGAAAUAUGUCAAAACUACACAUACAUAGACUCCGAUAUUGGGCUGCGCAGGCAGACAGCCACAAAACUGCAGAGAUGUGAGUACAAAGGCAAUCUCCGCGACAGCUAGUCAAUGAACUAAGGGACUGAAAUUCGAACUCUCAGGACUGUGUGUGCAAAUUCCGAGCCCCUCCAGAGCACUCAACAAGGGGCGGGGCCUCGGGGGCGGAGCUUCCAGGGGCGGGGUCAAGGGUCAGAAAGCGGAGGCGUGCCCAAGAUGGCGGCCUCCAUGUGCGAAGUGUUCUCUUUCUGCGUGGGCGUGGCGGGUUCGGCCGGGAUUGCAGUGGAAGUCCGAUUCGUGAGUAGCGCCAAGGGAAAGGGACUGUUUGCCACACAACUGAUCCGGAAGGGAGAAACGAUCUUCGUGGAAAGGCCCCUGGUGGCUGCACAGUUUCUCUGGAAUGCACUUUAUCGCUACCGAGCCUGUGACCACUGCCUCCGGGCUCUGGAAAAGGCAGAGGAAAAUGCCCAGAGGCUGACUGGGAAACCAGGCCAGGUUCUCCCUCACCCAGAGCUAUGUACUGUGCGCAAGGACCUCCACCAGAACUGUCCCCACUGCCAGGUGAUGUACUGCAGUGCAGAAUGUCGGCUGGCAGCUGCGGAGCAAUACCACCGGGUCCUGUGCCCAGGCCCCUCUCAGGAUGACCCCCUGCAUCCUCUUAAUAAGCUGCAGGAGGCAUGGAGGAGUAUUCACUACCCACCUGAGACUGCAAGCAUCAUGCUCAUGGCCCGAAUGGUGGCCACAGUGAAGCAAGCCAAGGAUAAGGACCGUUGGAUCAGGCUUUUCUCCCAGUUCUGUAACAAAACGGCCAAUGAAGAGGAAGAGAUUGUCCACAAACUCCUGGGGGACAAAUUCAAGGGUGAACUAGAACUUCUGCGGAGACUCUUCACAGAGGCUCUCUAUGAGGAAGCACUCAGCCAGUGGUUCACUCCAGAUGGAUUCAGGUCUCUCUUUGCCCUUGUUGGGACCAACGGACAAGGAAUUGGGACCAGCUCCUUGAGCCAGUGGGUCCAUGCCUGUGAUGCUCUAGAGCUGAAGCCUCAGGACCGCGAGCAGCUGGAUGCCUUCAUUGACCAGCUGUACAAGGACAUCGAGGCAGCUACCGGCGAGUUCCUUAACUGUGAAGGGUCUGGCCUCUUCGUGCUUCAGAGCUGUUGUAACCACAGCUGUGUCCCCAAUGCAGAGACCUCCUUCCCAGAAAACAACUUCCUUUUGCAUGUCACCGCCCUGGAGGAUAUUAGCCCAGGAGAGGAAAUCUGUAUCAGCUACCUAGACUGCUGUCAGCGGGAACGCAGCCGCCACAGCCGCCAUAAGAUCCUCAGGGAGAACUAUCUGUUUGUCUGUUCCUGCCCCAAAUGCUUGGCAGAGGCUGAUGAACCCAAUGUGACCUCAGAGGAGGAGGAAGACGAGGAGGAGGAAGGAGAGCCAGAAGAUGCAGAGCUAGGGGAUGAGAUGACUGAUGUGUGAGGUUGCCCUCCCUGGAAGGGGCCCUGCCCCAGACCCUGCCAGAAGAGGAGCCUUUCCCCCAGAGAAGAGGCUUGGAAGAAACUCCCCAUUACCUGCUUUCCCCCUUCCAGCACUCUGCCAGAGCGUGAGACGAGGGCUGCAUCCUAGGCCCUAAGCACUGCUGCUGAGUUGCUCCGGCCCUGUGCCAUCACCGAGCCUUCCAGAACUGACCUCCCUUGAGUUUACUCCAUGUAGGUGUGAGGGGGUUGGAACCAGGCUCUGGGCCUACCAGUGUUUCUUAGUCCACACUCACCUGUCCACCAGAGGCUUCUCCCCUCAUCUGAUUAUUGGCUUAUUUUGAGGGGUAACAGUGGCAUAUCUCAUAGCACACCAGUAUCAUUGAAGUGGGAAUGGCAGGUGUGAUGCUUCCCUAUCUCACACCUGCCACAGCUGUAGCUGAUAGGAUGAGCCAGAGGAUACAGGCAGAAAGGAGGAUCUGGGCCUCCAGAGCACCUUCCUUCAGGCUGGCUGCCAGGGAACACUAGACCAGGGACAUUUCCCCUCCUGUCCAGUUCUCACACUUUGGACAUCAGGAGAAGUGGAGAUUAACCCCUUCCCUAGAUACCAGAAUCUCUGUACCUCGUGCCUUGACUCCUAGGCCCUGGCACAGUAGCAGGCCCCAUGGGGUAUGGAAGAGGCCUUUGCCUUCCUCAGGAAGGGCUCAUUGCCCUUUCUUACACCUUCUUCCUACUGAAAGUUCUAGCAGUCUGGCUGUGACAUGUAGGAUGACAGGCCUGUGUUCCUUGGUUUAGGAUGUUCGAGUCUUCCGAGACCUGUUAACAUGGGCCAGUGAAGGGCUCUCCAUCUUUAGAGUUUCCACAGGGAACAUUGAAGUCUUCCAGAAACCUAAAGGAGCUAGGUUAGAUACUUGGCAGUUAGCCAUGACUGUCCCUUCCUUCCCCCAGAUAAGCAUUUCUCAUUCCUGGGUUGGGUGCUAUGGGCAUCACAAGCAUCACAACCCAGUUUCUUCCUGCCUACCUUCCUUGAGGGGCCAUCCCAUCAUCUUUCUUAGUGAUCCCAGGGAAAACAGGUACCCCCUUCAGACCCUUCCCUGGCCAUGGAGCCACGUGGGACCUGACCAUCUGGCUCCCUUGCUUGCUGGGUCUUUGUUCCUUCACAGCAGUCAGCGCCCUCUCUGCUAUACCUGCCCACUUCCUCAAUAAAGUAUGAGUGGCGACA